UGGGGUUGUGGAAAGGGGAAUACGGCAGAGGGGAGCGAGAUUUCACAGAACCAUUAGUGUUGGUGCAUUGAGAGUGUUGCAGAGAGGUGCUUGCUCGGUUUUUGGACAUGUGUCGCGUGGUUCGGAGGUGCUUAAAUGGCCUUCAAUUGCUUUUGGAUAUCCCUUGUGGAGGAACAAAAGCGGAAGUUGUUCCACACUUCUGUAUACGAAUCGGAGAUUCAGUUGAAAAAGCUCUACAUUCAGACAUGUAGGCGCCUUCCAGCUUAUGGCUGUAAGGUCUACCAAGUCAAGGAGCUUCUUCGAGGAAAGACAAAGAAAAAGGCUUCAAGACUCCUAGGACUUGGGCAAGACCACCUCGUCUUACUCGACAGCAAGACUAAAAUCCUAGCCAAGUCUCAAAAUACUGCCGAUCUCUUACAGUGGCAGGUAAGCGGAGGAAGAUCCCAUGACAGGCUCCAGCUCGACUUCAGGGGGACUCGGUGGUCCCUCGUCGUCCCUUCGGUCACAGCAAUGCGAGACGUCGGACGUGCCUUAUGGACAAUCCUCCAGGAUCUAGACUCCCACUUCCUCGACGAAUAUGCCCUUACCCCCGCUCCUCAUCACGGUGUAUUGAAGGGCCGCGGCCUGGAGGUGGGCGACUCUGAAGAGCUGGAGGGCCUCCAGCGGCUCCUCCACUUCCCGGAGGAAGUCAGCCUCAAGCUUGCCGAAGAGGAGGAUGCCCUCUUUUACCAGGUGCCCCCGAUCGACUACCUGAGACAAGUGACCCUCGACCUCGGAGGCAACCCGCCCCCGCAGCAUCCGCCGCACCAUGACCCGACGAGAGCCUCUGUCAGAUCUUUAAUCAAAAGGUUCAAUGAGGUCAGCUCGUGGGUGACGCAUUUGAUCAUUUCACAGCCUACUCACGAGGAUAGAAAAUCCGUACUGUCAUGCAUCCUCAGGGUGGCCCUAUCGUGUUGGAACAUCGGAAACUUCAACGGUGCUAUGGAAAUUGUAGCUGGACUAAAGUCGAACAAGCUCAAGCCGUUUUGGCUUUCUAUUACCGAGAAGGAACCAGUGCCUACUUUAGACUUUCUUUCAGCAGCUCUGCUUUCAGUGGAGUACGAAAGGGCGCUGAACAGGGCCCUGGCCAUGCCGGAGUGCAGGGUGGUGCCCUUCUUCGGCUCCUUUUUAAGGGACCUAAGGGACAUUUUGUCGACAACGCCGAGCCUCGUAGUACUAGCCCCGGCAGGAGACAGAACCCAUCUAGAGUUUAUAUCCGACUACAACGGUGAGGACCAUUAUUUCACGAGGAUCGGCCCAGGUGGUCUUAUCAACCUGGACAAAAUUUACAAAACUCAGGCUGUGAUGGAUAAAAUCGCCUCUUUCCACCAACACUACCACGCAAGGGUCAGGGAUAUCGAAAUAUUACGGGAGCAAUUUAGUAGUAUACAUACGGUGAGUAUAGAAAGGCCGUACAUGACCGAAGAGACUGAAGACGCAGAUAACGAAAUGGACUCAUACAGGCCUGUGCAACCACUUCAUAAUGACCACGGAGUUAGUUUUUUCCCUAUAUCGUCUCCAAAUUCCGGCCUUAAUCACCAUAUCCUACAAAUGCUGCACCAUGGGAGUACAGCUGUUCACUGGGAAGGAGAAGCCGGCCGUUCCUGCCUCGUUUACGUGAGACUCGAAAGGUCCUGUUCUCUGAUCUCCUGGGCGAAGCCGGCUUGGUCUGGGCUGAGAACGGCAUCACUCCAGGUGCAGGAUUACAACCUCAGUUCCAACCCAGAGGAGAACGUUUGUGGCAAAUGGACCGGCUCGACAGCCGCGGAGACUGGACUGGAAGAAGGUUUCCUGGAACUCUCGUUGGUCAAAGAAAUCGCCCUAGGACCCAGGGACAGAGAAAGCCCUGAUCUUUCUAAUGUUCUCAGAAGGUAUGGGCUGGAAGGACAUUCUGUCAACGAGGUUUGUCUAGCUCUGGUAUAUGGAAUGAACCUAAGUGACAACAGGGUUUUGUUUCUACUGUCGCCUCCUACGCUUUGCAGGCUGUGGUACAACGGACUAUCGUGUGUGGUUAGAGGUCUGAAAAGGCAUCUCCUAUCGAGUGACCGAAGGAUGUUCUGGCUGAAAGAGCAAUACCUCCAACUUUUCUAUGAAGAAAGCUGUUCAGGUCCUUUGGCAGUGGAUGCAAUCAGGGUGUUCGGUGGUAGGGAUUGGGCCAGCACAGGUCAUAUUAGUGGGAUGUCACCUCCCGAUAAUGGUACCUUGAGACGCGGCGCAUCGGCCCGGUUUAUGAAAAAGAGGUCUUUCGGGAAUAUACAAAGUCUCAGGCCGGAUACAUGCCAAGAAGAAGUGUCAAGCAUAGUAUACAAAAGGGCAUUACCAAGUCCAGCUCUACCACCAAGUAGAUCUAGGUCGAUAUCAAGUGAAAUGGAAGCAAGACCUGGCACUAGUCCUCAGGGUUCCAGCGAUCAGCUUGAUUCUUCUAGUCCAACUCAUCACCACAGGGACCGAGUGAAAAAGGAGAUUAUUUGGCCUGUCGGUCAUUUUCGACAUGGGUCAAUUACACAUGAAACACAACUUGACUUUGUUGACUUCGUAACCCUAUUUCGUUCAUUCAGUUUACGUGCACGUAAAGACCUUAAGGAUCUUUUCGACCAGUUUGCAAUGUCUUGUAGGAGCAUGUCAGACAGCUCUCUUAAUGAUGGUAGUCUUAAGAGUUCACCAGAACACUCUGGAAGGGCACCUAAAAUAGGCCUUCUAACUAGAAACAGUUCAGCCGACUUGCUAGAUUACAAAAACACCCCGGCAAUGCAGAAGAAAAAAAUCUUUGAUGCGAUCGCAACAUCCAGCAUAAUAUCAAACCGUGCCAGCGUGGACUCCUCAAAGUCCCAGGUCAUCCAAUUGAGCAGUUUUGCUAAGUUCCUCGAGACAAAACAGCUAGAACAAUAUACAGAAGAAGAAGUCAAGGAUUUAAUACAGCGCCAUGAGCCAGACCCAACGUUGAGGUCACAUAACUGCUUAUCCUUUGAGGGUUUCGCCAGAUAUUUAAUGGACAAGGAAAACUUUGCCUUUGUCAAUGAAAAAGUGAGCCCUGAUGAAAGGGAAAUGGAUUAUCCGUUGUCACAUUAUUACAUAGCUUCAUCACAUAAUACCUACCUUACUGGUCAUCAGUUAAAAGGAGAAUCAUCUGUCGAUCUUUAUAGUCAGGUUCUUUUGAGUGGAUGUAGAUGUGUUGAGCUAGAUUGUUGGGAUGGUGAUGAUGGUUCACCUCUUAUUUACCAUGGUCAUACUUUCACAACGAAGAUACCUUUUAGAUCUGUUGUGGAAGCUAUAAACCGAAGUGCCUUUGUUACCUCACCAUACCCAGUUAUCCUUUCGAUAGAAAAUCACUGUUCACUUCAACAACAAGCGAGAAUGGCUCACAUAUUUCAAAAUGUGUUUGGUGAGAAAUUGGUGACCAAAUUUUUAUUUGAAAGUGACUUUUCUGAUGAGCCUUGCCUUCCAUCUCCUGGACAGCUCAAAUAUCGCAUAUUGAUUAAAAACAAGAAAUUAACCGCUGAAAUUCCACCGCCUUUUCCUAUUACGAGAGGAGGAAAGACACGUGGCCACCAGCUACCACCAUCUGGGCGAGCCAGCUCUAUAAUUUCAAACACAAGUGGUGGCUCAGUUAAUGAUGAUUUUAGUGAUGAUGACGAUGAUGAGGAUGAAGAUGAAGAUGAAAACAUUGAAGCAGCUGAAUGUCCAAGAACGGAUUCACUGUCAAGUCAUGAUUCUGCAUUGAAAACACCAUCAAGAUCAAUUGGAAAAAUUAGCCAGCCUGCAGAUAUAGAUUGGGCUCUUCUUGAAGAUGACCAGAAUGCCCACAAAGCUAAAAAACAAAGCAGUCAAAUUGCCCGAGAGCUCUCUGACAUUGUUGUAUAUGUUCAGGCUAUCAAAUUUAGAGGUUUAAACACAAUCAGUCCAAAUAGCUCAGUGAGGUGCAAGAGGGUGGCUGCUGUUGCAGCUGUAACAUCUAGUGUCAUCCUGAAAAAAGGAAGCGGAGCGUCAUUGACUGGUGGACCAGUUGGACUCAGCAGUCCGUGCCCUUCUGAUUCACACUCGUACCCAAAAGGAAGAGCAAAUACAUACCAUCCGUGUUAUCAGUGUUCGUCAUUGAAUGAAAACUCUGCCAAGAAAUUGUGUCGGAAGCAACCACAUGCACUGAUAGCACAUACAGAGACACAGCUUGUGAGGACGUAUCCUGCAGGGAUGAGAAUCGAUUCUUCAAAUUUCAAUCCUGUCAUAUUUUGGGCGUUUGGCAUUCAGAUGGUUGCUUUAAAUUAUCAAACUGAAGACGCAGCCCUUCAUCUGAAUAGUGCAAUGUUCGAACAGAAUGGAAGGUGUGGCUAUGUUCCUAAACCUGCAGUCAUGAGAGACAGAUCUCAUAUGAUGUACCGGAGAUUUAACCCUUGGGAGAAGGAAUUUGAUGGGCUUCAUUCAUCACAAAUGAUACUGAAUAUAAUUUCUGGCCAGUAUGUAAAUCAGACAAACCUCACAGCAAGUGUUUAUGUAGAAGUGGAACUCAUAGGUAUACCAGUCGAUUGCAACAAGCAAAAGACAAAAGUAGUUCAAAGAAAUGCCUUAAACCCAAUUUGGAAUGAACCAUUCUUUUUUCAAGUUAUGUUUUCCGAUUUGGCCUUUUUGAGGUUUACUGUCGUGGACUCAAAUACAAAUCAUCAUGUUUGCCAAAGAGUUUUACCUUUAAAGUGCCUGCGGCCUGGUUAUAGACAUGUUAGGCUGCGUACACCACAAAACCAACCACUUCAACUAUCGACCUUGUUUGUUUAUUCCAGAACGGAAGAGGAAAGUGUCAGCCAAAGUGAGAUACCUGGAGACAGAGGCAGUGAAAAGAAUACGGCGAAGCAAGAACUUCGACCUACUGGAAAAAGAAGAAUGUUUUUCCUAAUGGUGUAUGGGGUUGUACCAGAAGAGCAGUAUACAAUACUAAAAAUUACACAAGAAAGUACCACCCAGGAAGUUGUGCUGCAGGCUCUUCAAAAGUCCGGUCAAGGUUCAGAAAGGGUUCACGACUAUGUACUAGUUGAAGAAGUGUCUCGUGGUUGGGAUCGAAAAGACAGGGAAGCUCCACCCACCCAAAGAGUACUUGAUCCCCAAGAGUGCCCAUUGCAAGCACAGGCCCAAUGGCAAGGUGAAGGAAAGUUCCUACUUAAAAGAAUGGGGGAUGAUCCCAGUAGUAGAGCUUGGUUAUCCUCAAUAAGAUCAACGAGAGUAAAGCAAGCUAGAACAUGGGAUGAAGCUGACAACUUUUUAGUCUGCGUACAUAACGUAUCUCCUGAAAUACCUUAUGCAAUAUUAAAAGUUCCUCUAAGUGCCUGUGCCCAAGAUGUUUUGGCACAAGCUUUAGUUAAAGCUAGACGAAUGGAGGACCCUACAAGGUUUGUCUUACUAGAGGAACUAAAAUGGGGGAAUACACAUCAGCAACGUAUUCUUCCCGAUGACGAAAAUAUAUUUCGAACUCAAGCACAUUGGCAGACGAUCGGGAGAUUCAUACUACGAGAAAGAGAGAUAAGAAGGCAAGGGGGAAACUUGAGGACGACAACUUUAGAUAGAUUAAGCAAGGGUCUUGCCAAGCUGCCGGUCGGUGAAGCACUUAGUGAUCCUACUGCUAAAGCAAAAUUUCCACUCAGCGGGCUGAGUCGUAGUGUUAGGGACACAGGGUCAUGCCGUAGACAGCGAGAAGUCCAUUCAGAAGGGGAGACCCUCUCUGAUGACGACUUGACACCAGAUAUGAGAACAGCCGUUUCAAGGCUAAAACGUGUUUCUUUAAGAAAACUGCGUGUCUGGAAAUCAUGAUUCAUACUUUGCCCCAUGUCGAACUAAACGUGUGCACAAACUUCUAUAACCCCACUUCACAACCGAAGUCUAGUCAUUAUAAAACUUUCUGUGAUACUAUUAUGUAUGUAUAUUUUAUUAUGAUUUCAACUUUAUGUUUCUUUCAUAUAUUU